GAGGAGGUGCAUAAGCAAAAAGUACUGCUUAGAGAGAUGUCAGAGGAACUACGCCGCCUCAAGUAGCUCCUCGACGAAAUGACAGAAACUGCGGAGCAUAGGAUGUUCACCGUGUUCUGGUUGUUGCUUGACAACAUGAAAGAUAUAGACGUUACUCGUCUGAGGGAGGACAUGUCAGCCAGACUUCAGGCAAUUGCUGAAACGAAGGACACCACGUUCGACGAGUUUCAGGCAUGGCUGGAUAUUGAAAGGGAAAGGCGCACCGCAAUCUUGAAGCGUUUCUCCGCCCACGUCACGAAGACAACAAACGGGGAGUCGGACGGAGGGGAUGUCGUGUGUCUUGCCAGCUGCGGAAAGUGUGUGCUGAAGGAGGGGUGGGCAUCGUACAAUAGCCAAGAUUACAACAUAGGUUGGCUACCUACGACAGCACGCAGCGUCGUUGACCUCUUAGCCUUCGCCGAGGACUGCAUUCGCCACUGUACGGAAACCGUCGAGGAGUACGGUCUGAGUAAAGUGGGUGUCGGGUCUGUUAAUGACGAGCUUCCUGCAAAAAUCGCGUCUCUGCUGAGCAGUUGCGAAGAUGUAAUGGAUGCCCUGCAACACACUCGAGGCAGGCUGUUGGCUAGAGAACUGACGGUGACAUGUAUGGAAGGAGAUGUUAUGGGAUGUAGAGAAGUUGUCAGCAACGAAGGGAUAUCGGCCGGAGCAAACACCACAGACUGUGCAGUGGUCCUUGCGGCAAUUUGUGAGCAGACUGCAGACAUGAUGACGGAUGGUGAGGCCAGUGAGAAUGAUGCAGGGUGUGUUGUUGCAGACGAGAAUGUGGUCAGGACGUCAGCAGGAACUCUCUUCCCCUAUGACAUCAAUUGGGUGCCUGGUCGUCUUCAACCGAGUAUCGUUGGAGGAGCGUCAUGCUUCGCGUUCAAAGUCAAUGGGGAAUGGGUUCCAUAUCCUGCCCCCAAGGCGACGUCGUGGAGGGCCGUGACUCUGUCAAUCAUCUUCGACAGAGUGCUGAGGUUGAACGAUGAGGUGAGCGCUGACGACAAAUCGCGGCAUGUGUUGAAACUGUGGCAUGUUCUGGACGCGAAGGGCGAGUUGAGGCUCAAUGAUUUUGAGUACGACAGUGUCGACUGCGGAGAGUCAUGGGUGAUUGGCGGGUUGGACACUGCAGCGAGUUCGGUUUGUCCACAGACUGAUGCCAGGAGGGAUCCACGGUGGGGUUGGGUGCCACAUGACGCCCCACUUCUUUGUGGCCGUGUGAAGGUGCCGAUGCGUGAUGCCAUGGGGAAUGUAUGGACCACGUGUUAUAUAAACAGCAGCUUCUCAUCUAGGCACCUGAACAGGGAGGUGACUGAAGAGGAGAAGAUGGCGAUGGCUUGUCCCACCCCUGCUGCUCGCUGUUUUUCGCCGUCUCUUCGGAACCCUGUGGAGCUCGAGGUGGCAGAAGGGAAAGUGUUCGCGGGUGACCAUGGGUACACAUACACGCAUGCCAGAGGGGAGGACGCUACUGCUGAUGGAAUAACCAGGCUGGUAUGGGACCCAUUCAACCUGAGCCCUGACGUUCUGGCUGCCAUAGACAUUGCGGCCCAUGUCAUCCCUGAGGGGCAGUUGCAGCAGCAUGUGGCCCCUCAUAAGUAUGGAUAUCGUGUGAAUUGGGUCCCAGGAUGUCUGCAGACGGCAACAGUUGAUGGCAAGGCGAAACUGCAGACAGGCCAUUGGCUGCCCUUGGGGUGGAUGCAUGCAGGCAUGGUGGAGCAGUGGCAGUUCCUGGUGGUAGUGGCACGUGUCUCCAUUUUCAAUGCAGAUGUGAAGGACCACGUGCUAGUUGUGGAGCAUGCAAAGCGGUGCUGGGAGAAGAUAAGGGAGGAGGACCGUCAGAUGGGCGAUGGCGAGAACAGGUACAUGGCUCACAUCCGCCGCAGGCAUGGUUGCUCCGCCCUUGUUGGUUGGGUCCCGACCGUAUGUCGCAUGACAUAUGAGCAAGGUGGAGAGAUGAUGAUGAGGUUCAGGGACCCGCUUGGUGUGCCGUUUUUGCUGACGUACUCGGAUGGCCUCCUGCGAGACAUUCGGUAUAUGGUGGCCGAGGACACCCAAGGUGGACAUCGAAGGCCGGGACAAACGGAGGAGACGCGCCCGGGACAUCAGGACGGUUUGUCUGCUGAGGUGGAGGGCCCAUGUGGCGGUGAGCGAGUUCCAGGGUGCUAUGCAGCGCAGGGUGACGUGGUCGGGCCCAGCAAGACAGCGAUGUCCCACAGCCCGAGGAAGGUGAAGGCGGUUGUGUCGAGGCCGCGGAGGGGGAAGACGGCUGGUGACAAGCAAAAAAAGAACCCCCAGCCUGUGCCACAGACCGGUAACAAUGCAGAUGCGCCUGCACGGGUCCACAGACGCCGCAGACACCCCGGGAUGGCAGCUUUGACAGAGAUCAGGAAGCUGCAACGAUCCACCGACCUUUGUAUCCCUUUCAGGCCCUUCUUGCGCGUCGUCCACGAGGUGGUGGAGAAGGACAUUACCCCUAAUAAGGGCCUGAGGUUCCAGAUGACGGCUGUGCGUGCUUUGAUGGAGGCUGCGGAGGCUUACCUGGUCGCCAACUUCGAGAACACAAACGAAGUGGCGAUCCACUCGAAGAGGGUGACCAUCCAGGUGAGGGAUAUGAGGCUGGUGGAUAGGUUGACGAAGCCUCGCUGGGUGGAGAAAUAUCAUGGGAUAUUGGACGAGAAAGCUCGAGCUGAGGACAGGCAGCGACGGAUGGAUGCCAGACAGGCUGAGAGGGAAGGCCGGGGAGCAGGGGCGAAGAAGAGAAAGCCACCGGCAACGAAUCGUAAGAGAAGGGGAUCAACGAUGGCAGAGUCGCACAACAGUAGUAAUUGGUCGGCCGCUGCGAAGGGGCCAUACCAGCACACCGAAACGAGUAAUGGUGCCAGGGAGGGAAAACCGUUGUUGCCAUCGAGCAGCCAGAGGUCAGCACAGAGCUGGCAGGACAUGUUAUCAGACCCAUGGUGCGCGGAAAUGUACGAUUUACUGACUGAGGGUGCAGCAGAGUGGCCCCAGUCCUGCGGGGAACAGUCUUCCUGUCGUAUGGGAAAACGGAAAGCAGGGGACAAGACAAGAGCGAGAGAUGAGCAGACCGACAUCACUGACGUGGUCGAAUUGUUCCCUUUUACAUGGAAAUCUCCGCAACACGCCAUACCCGUAUCAAAAUCCGACAUUGAACGGUUGUCGGACGACGGAUGGCUGAACGACAAUAUUAUUGACAUUUAUUUGCAGUCUGUGUAUGAAGAGGUUCGGCGGGGCCAUGACAGGUCUUUGAAAGCCGCGGGAAAGAAGGACAAGUGUCGGAAGAAAUCGAGGGCCGAAAAGAAGCAGUCGAAAGAGCAUCGCAGAAGCGGCGCCGGCCCCUCUGCGAAAACGGAGCACAAGCGCAGCYGCAAAUCYGGAUCRAAAGUUACAGUCCCUUCGAGUGCACGGGARAUUUCAACGCUGAAAGAACGUAACGAGUCGCCCYCCUCGACCCCCGUCCGGGGAAAGCGMGGAARSGGCGCCGAGAACCGUCCGCCAAGGGCCCCGGAAAAAAAAUCGCGGGAUGAUAGAAGCGCGACUACGCACCGCAGAACAAAGAAGAGAAUAUCCUACAAAGACGACAGAACAGUAGAGACAAUCGAUCUUAGAGGGUCUGACGACAGGCACAGCGGAUCCCAAGUGGAAGAAGAGGAGGAACACGACCGUUCCGCGCCAGAGAGGUCAGAUGGUGCGGAGGACGAGGAGCCAGGAAAUGAGGGAGACGACAGCGAUUCUUCCCGCAGACAAUUGCAAGACACCGAUGAGGACGACGACAGCGACGACAAGUCGGCCAGCGAGAGAACCAGCGAAGACCAGAGCGCCGCUUCGAAAAGAGGUGGUUCGCCAUUUCCUUCGAGGAUGCUGCACAGAGAAGGAGAACGGCAGGCACGCAACGGCAGCGACAUCGAGGAGCGUGUCGGUGACAGACAAAUCGUACAGCACGUCAGCGCCGCCGGAAAAGGUAAAAAACCCCCGCGUUGCACUGACUCCCCUCCCACUCCGAUCACAUAAUCCCGUGCCCCCACGCGGUGCACGCCUUUACGCACGG